AUGGCGUCUUUGAGGCACCGCCGCGGAAUCAUAGAGGCGGAGGACUACGUCGACGACGACCAUGACGAUGGCAGCAGAAGCAGCAACGGCGGUGGAACAGCAGCAGCUGACAGCGCCGCGGAAGAGGAGGAGGAGGAGGACCACCGCCUGCACCUGGGACUCCACUCCAUGACUGCAAAGGGCAUACAGCACUUGUGCUCUGAGCUCCUGGAAAUCAAGAAGGCCUCAGAGCAAGACUUCCGUAGUAACGUCUAUCUAAGCUACCUAUCCUUCCUAAGGAUGUUCCACGAAAUUGGUGAUUUGGACAAGGACGUUCAUCAUCUGAAACGACAGGUCACAGCACACAGGCGGCUCAUCCAGCAUCUCAGCAACAACUUGUACUCGUCGUCGCUGUUACUAGGAGCGCAGAGUGAUGGUAGAUCCAAUUCCAAGGAGGAGGCCGAUAUCGAUGCAGUCGUUCCAGUACUUGCAGCAGGUCAUGAGGACGAGCUGGAACUGGAUGUGCUUCUAUCCGAGCACCGGAUGGACCAAGCCCUGCAGCUCCUGGAAGUGCAAGGCCAAGCACUGCAGAGGAUGCAGCAGAUCACUACUGCUGAUCAAGCCGAAGCGAUCGCGUCGAGCAUGUGCGCGUUGUCUUCUAGGAAGGCAAGGGUCGCCGACGGCUUCGCUUCCGUCGCCGACAACCCGCGGACGCCACGAGCCGAGCUCCUUAAGGCGCUCUCCGGCCUCUGCAAGCUCGGCGACGCUGAGCGAGCCAACCACCUGCUCUUCAAAUUCUACCGUUCAAGCGUUGUUCGCGGCGUCGAGGAGAUGCGCUGCUCUCCUCCAUCUCACACCCAAAGCAGCAGCAACUACAUCAAGGAGCUCGCGUGCAUGGUCUUUUCCUCCAUUCUUCAGGCGUCAAGAAGCUUCGUCGCGCUGCACGGGCAUCCGUCUCCCUACACCCCCGACCUCAUCCGGUGGGCAAGGGAAGAGAUGGAGGACUUGAGCAUCGCAUUCUCCGAGUUUGUGAAAUCUGUAUCACAAUCUGAAGCUGGCCAGAGUUUAGUCCUGGCACUGGAAGCUGCAAAGUGCACCCUCUCCUACUCUUCCUUGCUGAGGCCUCUCGACAUCGUCUCCGAGCACGAUUUGGUUGACCUCAUCGUGCCUUGUCUGCGAGAGGUCCUGACCAUGUAUGCCAGGCAUCUAAAGGAGGUCAUUCGAUUGUUCGUCGCUUCUGACGCCUGGGUGCUAGGUAGGUUCCUCAUCUCAGGAAUACUCAGAUCACCUGCCGCUGCUGCAGGACUGCUGCAGAUUGAGCACUGCCUGCUCACAACCAGUGGAAGGAAGCUUAUCACCCUCAUACAGGAGGUUGUGGAGGACGUCCACCCGUUGUUAGAUCUUCGGAUGAACAAUUCAGUCCUGCAACUUCUUGCAGAGCUAUUCAGGGAGUAUAUGCACUCCGUUGUAGAGCUCAUCCCCAGAAAGGAGGUUGCUCUCCAAAAUACUACUAGAGAUCAGCAAUACAUGUGGCAGCUCUCCAUCUUAAUCAAUUGCACGACAUUGGUAUCCUUGUUUCCGAUCAUUGCUCAUGGCGUCUUCAAGAGCAAUCAAAUGUCAGAUGGAGCAGCAUUACCUUCCGUUGCCGAUUUUUCGACGCAAAGAGAACUCAACAGUUUGAUCUUGUUGAUUAAAGAAGCGGCUGGGCAAGUAUGGACUUGUUUCUGCCAGCAGUUUAUACGAGACACUAUGUUAAGUAUACAAACCAAAUCUACAGCCAGCCUCGGUGAAGGAAUACCUAGUUCACCACAGGGCAUGAUGCCUUCUUUUGCUUUCCAGGUGCUGUUCCUACGGUUGACGCAACUGAAUAAUCUGUAUGGUACCAUCUUAACCGGCAAGGACGGGACAAUGAAGAAACUGCUGCAGGAGUUGAUGGAGGGUAUGAUUUUCUGGCUCUCUAACAACCUAGACUCCUGGAUCCAUCACGCCCAAGGUGUUCCCAGGGACACACUUUUUCGACAGCUCUGUACGCAGAUCCAGCUAGAUGUUCAUUUUCUCUUAGAAUUUGCGCAACUUGGUGGUUUCUCCUCUGAGAACAUCAGAACCAGUGCAUUGGACUUGCUUAGGAAAGCAGAGGAAAAGGUGGCUUCCUCUUUGGAACAUGAUACUAUGAACAGUGGCGUCCGUGAGAAGGGCUGGGGCUGGGCUACUGAUGCUGCAAAACAUGCAGUGGAAGUGCUAAUGGGGGCUGAAGCAAUCAGGUCCAGUCCACGUGAAGAAGCGAACGCUCAGAAUGGAGAUGUUGUCGACGCUGGGGAAUUCGAUACGGCAAGGAAUGGCCAAGGAGGAGAGGAGAUGGAUGACCAAUUUGAUCAUGAUAGUAUCGCGAGUUCUUCAGAGCAGAAGGACAUGCUGGAUAGUCGUAUUUCAGAUGUGGAAGUACCUGAGGAUCGUGAAAGCGGAGCUUGCGACGGCGGCAAGUCCAGCGACGAGUUCCUAAGCAUCGAGGAUGACGAUGGCAGUGCAACGGAAGAUGGCAUGUCAUCGGAGAAGCUGAAGCUGGGCAUGGGCAGCAGCCAAGCUGCACCUGGAUCUUCAGAAACCGAUGGCGAACAGAAGAUGGCUUCAGACCACCCUGAGACUGAUGAGGUGGGGAAGGACGUCGCCAUCUUAGAUGUCCAUGGCAAGGAUCAUCGGGGUGGAGGUGACGAGAAUGCACAAGCUGAUCAUGAGAGUGGAUUAGGAGGCGGUGGCUCGGAGAGUUCAGCAGGGGCGACGUGCCAUGAUGAUGAUGCCAUAGAGGUUGAAGCAGCUCCAUCCGGGCCAUCUCCAUGCUGUGAUGAUGAUAUCCCACACCCGCAAGAGGGGGUCCGUAAUGGUCACGACGACAGCAGUUGCUCGUUCACCACCUCGCCGGAGUGCGAGUUCAUGCUGACCGCACGAGGAUCUGCUUGGCGAAGGAGGCGGUGGUCAGCAGAGCAGGAGUGGCGGCAGGCAAGUACCACUCGUCCUGCAGCAGCAGCAGCAGCAGAGAAGGGUGCUGGUUCGACUACUUGGAGCAGAAAAAGGAGGGAAGCCGUGAGCAGAAGCAGCAGGCCCAGAUGGCAGUGAACAUGCAAUGUACUCUGUUAAAUAAUCCUCAGAUUUGUCGCACGGAUGGCUGCAUAUAUAUGUGCUUUGGAUGAAAUGUUGCUUAAAGAUUUUGGUCGAUCUGCACAGCAAACGUAUGCAAACGUGAGUGAGAAGCAACAGGAAGGAAGGAAGGAAGCUUGAUCGGUGAAGGAGAAACUGAAUGAAGCUCACAUUUCAUGUACUCAUCAUGUAGCAGUCUGUAGGCCACUGCUAG